UUAUUUUCAACAAACGUGUUUUUGAAUAAAAUUCAGGUUAAUUUUUAAUAUUUUAAACAAUUAAAUUGAUUUAACAACUAUCUUAUAAAAUUAAAUUACUUUGUUAUAUUAUAUUAUUUUUUAACCAAACCCACAUAACCUUGCCAUGCGGAAGCCAAGAAUGGACCAAAUGACUAAGGAUGAAAUUAAUAUUAGACGAUUAUUAAGAAUUUGUGAAUCAAUGGCUAAAAAUGAUAUAAGUUCAAACUGGAAACUGGAAAAGUAUAUAAAAACUUUAGAUGGCAUGAUUGAAACACUAAAUAAUUCUGCAUUUAAACCGCCAAAGGAUACUGUAGGAGAAUACAUAAAGAGAGUUGAUUUUUUAAAAGGUAUAAUUGGAACUGUAAAGCUUAAAGACACAGUAGAGAAAGUAGUUGCCACUCAAAUGGUUUCGUCUGUUAUACACUCUACAGAUGAUUCCCAUAGUUCAAACAUAAUGACGCAAAUACACCAGAAGACAAGUUCCAAAUAUAAUAAAGAAUUACGUUCAGAAUUAUUUAAGUCUACAGGUAAGAAAAGUCAAGAAUCAACAGACUCUACUUUAAAUUCUGAUGAUUUAGACGCAGUCUUAAAAUAUAAUCGCAAUAUGCAUGAAAAUAUUGCAAAUAAUAUUCUUCUAAUGACAAAAAGUAUGAGAGAGCACGCAACAAUAGCAAGUGGAAUUAUUCGAAGGGAUAUAAAAACAUUAGAAAAUAGCAAUAAAGUAACUGAGGGAAAUCAAAUGAGUUUAAAGUCUGAGUCUCUUAAACUUACUGAACAUACAAAAUCAAAUUGGAGGUGUUGGGUUUGGAUAAUGGUUGCUUUUGUAUUGAUAGUAUUUUUCAAUAUGAUCCUUUUCAUGAAGGUUGCAAAAAAGAAAAUUUAAUAUAUUUGAAUAUUGUUGUUGUUAUUUUAAUUCGUAAUGGAAGAAAAUCUUAUGUGUAUAAGAACAGUUUUAACUAUUUGGUAUAAUAUUUAAAUGUUUUCUUUUUAAAUAAAAGUCAUUAUGCAUUUCUUAUUAUUGUACAGUAAUGGAAAUAUUAAUAAAUUUUAUGUAUUUAUUACAA